CUCCAGGACGGUAGGUGGCGGUAUGUCAGCGACCGGCCAGUUGAACCGAGAGAAGAAGAAGAAGGAAGUUCCCGUUCGUCACACUAGCGCGAAAUGUCGAAGAUGUUGAAAUCAUGGCUGGAACAUCUUCCAAGUCUAAACUUAAACGAAAUAAGCCGCCUGUCAAAGAUGUCCAGCCGGGAAUGGGUUCGCGGGGAACACUGAAGAGGAGUCACACAGCACUGUUCUCCAGCGGGAGCACAGCAGAGACUGGGAGGUCAGUGUGGUGGACCAGCGAGCAGCUGCCGGCUGUGGAGAGUCUCUGGGCGCUGUGUGCUCUACCGUGUCUGGAGAAUCAGCACCGGGACCUGGUUCCUGAUCUUCCACAUCCAUCUACAGCGAGACCCACAGCACUGAAGUCCGGUGAACAGCGGUGGUGUGACCUCAGCGAAGACGUCGCUCCCUUCCCCGAACCCUCUCCACCUUCUCCGAGGACUUGGUCCGGUCCCAGCCCCUCCCCGCGGGAGCUCUCGGUGCAGACGGAACCCGUCCCGGGCCCGGCGGACAGACAGCUGUCCUCUCGCAGCGGCCAAGGACCGCGGCCGUCCCUCCACGGCCGGGAGGGGCCGGCAGCUGGACCCUCGAGGGCGGGGGGGGGCGAGGGGGGGAGAGGACGACAGACCGGACCGGUCGACAGACAGCUUCUCACGGACCGGGCGAAAGUGUCUGACAGCAGAGUUCCUCUGCAGAGGAAGGGGGAGGAUAGAGAGGAAGAGGAGGGGCAGAGGGAGGGGGAGGAUGAAGAGGAAGAGAAAGAGGAGGGGCAGAGUAGCGUCGGAGGAGAUGGAGGAGCAGCAGGAGGGGCCAGGCUUCAAAGCUGCCCCAUGUGCCUGCUGGACUUCCCUGUUGGGUUCACCCAGAUGGACUGUGACGGCCACCUGGCCCAGUGUCUGUCUGAGGUGAACGUGGACAUGACCUGGUGAGGCCGACGGGAUACUGGCUGGCUGCUGUCCAGGCUUGAAUGACUUGAAAGCAUUACCAGAUGCAGAAUGAAGAGGAGCGAACGAGGAAGGGACAGAGGAGAGGAGGGAGUGAAGUGGGAGAAACAGAACAAGAGUGAGGCAAAGAAAGCAGCAGGAUAUCUAGACAACAUUUGAACUGCUUGUAUUUGAAAAACAAAUACUUGCAUUUUGUACCAAUAUCAAACUAAGAAAUGAUUUCUAAGAGACUUGAACAGCUAUUAGCAAUCUAAGAAAUAACUGUAACCAUCUAAAAUGUUAGUGUCGUUAGUUACGGGAUGUUUUAGUACUUCUAGUGUGACUAAGCUGUUGUAGUUAUUGGAAAUGAAAGAAAUUAAGGGAAGAAAGAAUAAAGAAAGAAUAAUUAAUGACUUAGUUUCCCAAAAUACAGCACCUUCAGUGCUACAGUAGGAUAAGCAACAGGUUCAUUAGGGUCCUAGCCACCACAUUCAAGUCCCUAAAAGCAACCACCAAGGACCAAGGCUACAGAAAAAGAAAAGUACUGGCUAAGGCUGCCAUUUUGAGCCAGGGAGCUGGCAUAGAAAGAAAAUACUAAAGCCUCUCUCCCCCUCCCAUUACCAUGCUGGCAAGGCCCCCCAGAAAAUCUGGCUUUUAAUGUCGCAAUGUAAAUCUCUAACAUGGAGGGUUUACCCUUCUCUCUCCCUACACGGCUCUCACUUCUCUUUCUUCUUGUGCCAAGCCCAUCACGAGUGGGAGAGAGGGUAGACUGGAGAGCUUUUUGCAUCACCCCCACUCCCGGAGCAGGAGUGGGCGACAUCAGCCCCUCUCCUUGGUAACAGAGGGAAGAGAAAGAGGUGGGGAGAUAAAGUGCGAGACGCAGGGAGGGAGGCAUGCGUUUCCGUUUGAUGUGCCAUGGUGUUUGAUGCCAGGUUGCUAUCUCCACUACUGAACUGGCAGUGUGCUCUCCACCCCUGUUCUCCCACUCAUCUUCCUCGACUCCCUCCCCCCCUGCACUGUACCACCACCAAACGCUUCCACACUUGGCUCCCUAAAAGUCUGUCACGGACCCCCGUCGUCAAACACUGUCACAAAUGAGCUGGGAUAGACUUCAGAGCCGUCUUGUUGCAGCCCUUUAAUGAGCUACGAGGCUCCCCCACUCCGAGACUGGUUUAAAGUCGAGUGUCUAGUGAACAGCAGAGGUGUACAGCACCUUCAAACUGAGGGAGAGCCAUGCUAGCUACCCAAAGACAUCUGUCAUGGGUACAGAGCAUGAUGGGCAUUUAAUAAGGCUCCAAUUAACACUGGGAGCUCUUGUUGCUCCGUGCCCUGCCAUUUCACAAUGAUGUUGUAAAUGCUGUACAUGCUCAAAAGUCCCAAGUUGCACAAGCAGGAAAUAAGCCACAAUGGUGUUGAUGUCAGUCUCCAAGUACAACCUUGCUGAACAUACUAAUCACUGCUUGAAUGGCACCAUUUAUUUUGAAGAUACAAUCCUCAUUUUGCUUUAUUUUACAGUAUAAAGUCAAGAAUGAUGAUGAUGUCAAUGAAGAAUUGUUGCGCACCAGCAUGAUCUACUGUUCUCGUAUGGAGAGAGCAAAGAUGUUGAAACUUGCAGCAGCACUACCUCAUAUGCUAUGUGC